UUAAUUCAGUUCAAAUGGAAACAAUUGCUUUUCGUUGCCAAGCCGGGAACAAGGUCGACUUUUUUUUAUACAGAAAAGUAACUCCUGAAUUAUCUUUAACUAUAUUAUACCCGUGUAACAAAUUUAGUAUGAGCUUCUAUACAAGUUAAGCGAAAUUUUCAACAUUUUUUUUAAACCAGACGUUUAUUCAUGUUGUACUGUCCUCAACCCGCCAAGUGUAGUUUUAAAUACUUCUUUGUUAAAGGUCGCCUCAAACCCAUAGUCUUCACUCUUCCUCUUGAGAUCCAAAAAUAAGUUUGCUCUAAUGACUCCUUUGACAAAAAAGGAGAAGAAAGUAUUAGAGAUUUUGACCCUGUCAGGGCUGUACAAUAAGUAUUUCUACAUCACCGAGAGAAAAAAGUCAAGCCGUCAAAUCAAGGUAUGUGUUUUCAUUUACUUCUUGUAAUUCUUAUCGUAGAAGUAAAGAAGUUUAUCAUUUUUGCUGACGCCGACGCCAAAUCGACGAAUAUUAUUUCACUGGAUGUUAACUACUUUGUGGUACAAACUUUGUUUCGUCAUCUUGGAAAUCAACGCCCAAUAGCUUUGGACUUUGACCCCGUUGAAGAACGUGUGUACUGGUCAGACAUAGCAGAAGGUCUCAUAAUUAGCGCUUUUUUCAAUGCAACUGCUGUGAAAAUUUUGUUUCGCUGUAACGUGAAGAGUCCUGAAGGCUUAGCCAUUGACCACGUGGCAAGAAAUAUUUACUGGACUGAUACAGGGACCAAUAGGAUUGAAGUGGCUCGGCUUCAUGGAACAAGCAGGAAACUGCUCAUCAAAGAUGGACUUGAUAAGCCAAGAGCGAUAAUUCUGGAUGAGACAAAUGGCACGAUGUACUGGACAGAUUGGGGCGCCAGUCCAAAGAUCGAGAUGGCGGGGAUGGAUGGUUCAGCGAGACAAGCCAUUGUAACUGGAAACCUUGUUUGGCCAAAUGGACUUACUAUCGACCAAACGACAAACCGUCUCUUCUGGGCUGAUGCCAAACUAAACAAAAUUGAGACAUCAGACCUUACUGGAGGAAAUCGACAGCUUAUAUUGUCAUCUGGGAACAACAUCCAUCCUUUUGGCCUAGUUGUGUACAACAGCAUGCUGUAGUGGACCGAUUGGAAUAUCUUGAGCGUUUCAAGCUUCAAUUUAGCCAGUGGAAAUCAGGAUGUGAUGGUAACUGGCCUGCAACUGCCGACGGACAUUCACGUGUUUGAUCCUUCCCUAAUAUUUUCAGGACCCCAUAAUUGUUCUCAAGACAAUGGUUUAUGCAGCUAUUUGUGUCUUCUAAAGCCAGGGGGAUUUCAGUGCGCAUGUCCAACGGGUAUUGCACUCAAGCCGGAUGGGAAAAACUGUGAUUAUGGUUUGUUUUAUAAGAGAAGCUCUGAAAAAUUUAUGAUCUUCGCUGAAGCCGAUUCCGGAGAAAUUUACAUGGUUCCUCUCGCGGUAGAGGAAAAUCCUUGCCUUCCCCUCGAAAUCAACACAAACAUCUCAAGACCGGUGGCAGUUGAUUAUGAUCCAGUGGAAGGAAAGAUUUAUUGGACAGAUGUUACCUUAAAACUGGUGGCUAGGGCCUUCCCCAACGGGUCUUCGGUGGAAAUCAUUGCGCAUAAUAAUGUGGAGACACCUGAUGGGCUGGCAUUGGAUUAUGAGGGAAGAAAUAUUUACUGGACUGAUGCAGGGACAAGUAAAGUUGAAGUAGCGCGAUUAGAUGGGUCAUUCAGAAAGAGCCUUAUCACAUCAAACAUUGACAAGCCAAGAGCUUUAAUCCUUCAUCUGGUAGAGAGAAAGAUGUACUCGAGUGACUGGGGAUCAUCACCAAAAAUUGAACAAGCCAACAUGGACGGUUCCGCCAGGACAGUUCUCGUUAGCUCCGGACUUGUGUGGGUAAAUUCACUAGCCCUGGAUUUCGAAAACAGACUGUUGUAUUGGUGUGAUGCUAGCCUUGAUCAAAUAGAAAGAGUUGACUUCCAGGGAAACAACCGAGUGCUCAUACUUGAUUUAUCAACUGAUAACCUGCAUCCGUUUGGACUGGCCCUAACUGACAACGUUCUGUACUGGUCUGACUGGAACAACCAAAGUGUCCACAAAUACAACAUGACCUCCUCUCUCAGUGAAGUAUUGGUUCAGGGAAUGGGAAGGCCAAUGGAAUUGCAUAUUUAUGAUAAGACAAAAAUCUUUAACGGGUCAACCAGCUGUUCUCAACUUAAUGGACACUGCAGUCACAUCUGUCUUCCAAAUCCACAAGGACAUCAAUGCUUCUGUCCAGAAGGAAUACUGCUGAAGUCUGAUGACGCCCUCACUUGUGAAGGAGUGAACCGCUGCCCACAGCUUUCGGCACCACUCCACGGCAGUCUAGAGCCUUGUUCCAAUUUGCCAGGAAAAACUUGUCACUUGUCCUGUGAAAGAGGAUACAUCCUGAAUGGGUCACCAGCACGGACAUGCAACAGCGAUGGGACAUGGACCGGCACUCAGACUCAGUGUAAUGCUGUUACAUGUCCAGCUUUACCAGCACCGUCCAAUGGCAUCAGGCAANAAUCUGCCGGGAUAACAUACGAUAAGUACGGAUCAAACUGUGUCUUCGGCUGCCAAAGUGGAUAUGGCAGCCUUUACGGGAAUGUUACUAGGACGUGCUUACAAUCUGGACAAUGGAGUGGAAACGCGAUCAACUGUACAGCUGUCACCUGUGCGCCUUUGAGCAUCCCUGCAAGAGCCAUUCUGCUGACUGUGUCCUGUGGCAAUACGUACGGAUCAAACUGUGUCUUCGGCUGCCAAAGUGGAUAUGGCAGCCCUUACGGGAAUGUUACUAGGACGUGCUUACAGUCUGGACAAUGGAGUGGAAACGCGAUCAACUUUACAGAUAUGCUUCCUCCAACAUUUGGCAUCAAGUGCCCAGCAAGUCCAUUGCUGGUAUAUGCAGAACGUGACAUGUUUUCAGCAGAAGUAAACUGGACAGAACCAGUUGCCACUGAUAAUUCAGGAAUCAUGCCUAGGGUGACGUCGAAUUACCAACCGCCACAAAGACUCAGUCAGGGAACUCACGUGAUCAUAUACACUGCAGAGGACCAAUCAAAGAACAAAGCAACUUGUAGCUUCACUGUUAAAGUAACAGUUAUCAAUUGCACAUCGCUGAUGGUAGACCAAGGAAGUCCACUGCGCAUGAGCAGCUGCGGUAGUCAUUUUGGGGUACAAUGCAAGUUUUCUUGCAUGAUUGGUUAUCGUUUGAAUGGCUCAUCAACAGUCACCUGUGUUGCCCCUGGCAACAGACCCCCUGGAUCAUGGGAUAACCCGCUGCCUAUAUGUCAAGCUAUAACAUGUACUUCUCUGCCUUCUCCAUCUAAUGGAGUUAAGACCGGCUGUACUCACAUCGGAUCAGAAACUUAUAAUACUCAUUGCAGUUUUACAUGCAAUGUUGGCUACACUCUGGUUGGUUCGCCGGCUAGGCGGUACCUAGAAAAUGGGACUUGGAGUGGAGACAUGCCUUCUUGUCAAGUAAUCAGUUGUGGCGCACUCACUCCUCCAGCGCUUGGUGUCAUUUCUCCACCUUCCUGCCUAGUUGGCAGUAAUUAUAGCCAGACAUGUCAAUAUACUUGUGAAAGACUCGGAUACGUUCUCAAGGGAUCUUCUGUAAGAAUGUGUGAUACUAACGGACAGUGGACUGGGUCAAACGUAACACGUUGCAGAGAUACUGCUCCUCCUUCAUUCAAUGACACCUGUCCUAACAAUAUGGUGUUCUAUGCUGCUGAAUGUUCGUCCAGCGGUUUAAUUACGUGGAAUGAACCAGUGGCUACUGACAAUUCUGGUCACGUGUCUAUCAGCUACCCUACCAUUCGUUCUCCUGCCAACCUUAGUAUCGGUCUGUACAGUGUACUUUAUUCUGCGAUAGACAGCAGUGGAAACCAAGCUAACUGCACGUUUAUAGUUCAGGUAGCAAGAAAGUCUUGUACUAUUCUUCAAGCACCAAUACACGGGGCCAUAACUUCUCUUUCGUGUGGAUUUUUAUUUGGUUCCCUGGCUUCCUUCUCUUGUGAUAAAGGAUACCAAAUGGCUGGGUCUCGACAGCGCUCGUGUAGAGCAGAUGGAACAUGGUCAGGCGACACAACCCUAUGUAACAGUGUCCGACAAUUACAGCGCCAACACAUGGAGUGAUAUUUCCUUAUCCAUGCACUUCGAUCUCUGGUGUAAAUUAUGGAACAGAUUGCUUCUUCAUGUGCAAUGUUUCCGUUGGUUACCGACUGGAAGGUGCACAAAACGUAUCCUGCCUCGAAAGUGGGUUUUGGAGUGCAGAUACUACCAAGAUAAUAUGUAGAGGUAUCUAAUCUAGAUGUAUUUUUGUACGUGGUGUAUUUACCUGAUAAACCAGAGAAAUUGAACUUAAUCAUUUUCGUUAUUUAGCUAUUUUGUGUUUCUCCGCGGUAGCAGGUGCACAAGACCAUCUCUGACCAACCUGGUUGUUUUUUGUUUUUGUUUUUGUUUUAUUUGUUUGUUUUUUUAUUUGUUUGUUUUUGUUUUUCCUGUUGAUUCUUCAGCUCCACUAUUCUCUAGUCUUUCUCUUCCUCUCGACCUUUUCUACACAAAAUUGCCUUCAUUUUAUCUCUUGACCAUCCAAUUUCUGAUUUCCAUGCAACCUAGUGUCCUCAAAGUCAUUCGUUUUCCUUAUCUUCCAUGUUUUGCAGACAAAGCAGGACUAGCUCUAAAGCACACUGAGAUAGAUAGUCCCUCCAAAUACAACAAGAUAGAGAUCCACUUAGAGCAUGCUCACGUUGCUGAUCCAUAAUUUAACAUUGAUAUCAUCGGCCGUACUUAUUGUGCUUGGUACAUACUGUCCCUCACCAGAUUUACCACACGAAUCCUUAAAUUUCAUGCUGUAUAGACACUUAUCUUCUGCUUAAAACGUAUUUUAUUUCUAAUCGUUCAAUGAUAUUUCUGCUGUUCUUUGGUAUCCAUUUAAUUAGACUUCGUUAUACUGUUAUCUGAGUUGUCAUUCAGUACAGCUAACCUUCGUGGUGACCUUUAAUUCUCCUGCAAACCACCUCUUAUGCUAAGUGUUCUUCUUCUUGGUCCUCUCCAUGUACAUCCACUGACGUAAUCAAUAUACU